AUGCCAGAAAUACCUUCCGAUUAUCCUGGUGAGGCCAGUUUCAUGGCACAAUACAUGCCUAGUUUGGCACGUUCUGGUGUGAUCUUGAAUCCAGCUUUUCCAGCCUUGGACAAAGAAAGAGACUUCCAAAUACUGAAACCUUACAGCACCCCCAUGGGUUUCCAUAUCCCCAGUCAAACUGAAAGCCAUUCUGGGCAUUUCAGUGAAGAUUCUUUUGAAGAGGAAGAAGCCGAAAAAGGAUUAUUGGGUGUAAACCCUACAACUGAUACAAUGAGAAAUUUCUCUUUGAGCACCAAGGGAGAAAUGUCAAUGUAUGAUCACCCUGAUUGCCACCAAGAAGAUACUGUAAAGGGUCCAAUACCAGUAAAUGAUGAUCCCAAAGAUGUCUUAAACAAUCCUUUAUUAAGAAAACUUGAACAGGUGACUUACAAUGUCAUAAAGUAAUGCAUUUAUAAAUCAAAUCAGGGCAUUAAAGGAACAUUCCAAGCACAGUAACCAUUUUCGUGCGCUGUAGUGGUUAUGGUUUUUAAAUUUAUUUUUAUUUCACCUGGGGUCACUAACUCUAAUGCUUCUGACUCAGAGCCAGUAGCUUUCUGUGUGUUCUAAGCCUAGCCCAGGAGAGCUAAUGGUUCCUCCUGUUUAGGAGCUGGAAGCAGUAAUGCAGGUAGAGUCACGCUCGGCCAACCCCAUGUAUGAAGUCACAGCAUUAUAAAAUGAUAUGAUUACCUACAUUAGGGGCGCCAAGGCACUCCUGGCAACAUAAUCACUACAGUGUGCUGUAUUAAAGGGACACUCCAAGUACUUUAAUCUCUACAUCUUAUUGUACUGGUUAUGGUGCAGUUCAUCUUGUUUUUGCAAGGUGUUUGCUAACAACAUGUUUUUGUACACUGUGCGCCCUUUAUACUUUGACACUGAAUCUGAACUUUUUUUUGUCUUGUUUUUUUAAUUAAGAUGCAGUAUAAUGGUACUUGGAUGUCACUUAGGUACCUGGUAGUUUACAUUUCUUUGUGAUGUGCAUCCCCUCUUAAAGUUAAUUUCUCUGUUCUCUACCCACCCCAUGCAUUGUAUGUAACUUUGUCCAUGUGUUGAGUUUUUGCCAUUGUGUAAUUGCAGUUGGGAGGGAUGUUUUCUUUACUUCAUUUGACAGAAAUAGAUCUAAUUUCCUUGUAUGUGGAACUACACCAUCAAAUUUUGAAAGGAAACAUAUUCUUUGUUAAAUGAAGUAUAUGCAAAAAAAAAUAUAGAAAAAUGUAUCCCCAUUAGUGAUGUCCCGAAAGGUUCGCCGCGGACUCAUCAUUGAGUAAACUUUGACCCUGUACCUCAGUCAGCAGACACAUUCCAGCCAAUCAGCAGCAGAUCCUCCCUCCCAGACCCUUGCACCUCCUGGACAGCUCACUAAGAAUGCAGCUUCACAAUGAAUGUAAAAUGGAUGCUGUCCAGGAGGUGGGCGGGUCUGAGAGGGAGGGUCUGCUGCUGAUUGGCUGCAUUACAAGCCUGGCGGUCCCUAAUAAAUAUAUAUCUCUCUCCCUCCCGGCUCAUUACAAGCCCGGCGGUCCUGGGAGUUCCCGCAGGUAGCGCUUACUUACCUCCCAGCAGCUCUUCCAGCUCCCCAGUGUAAGUCUCGCAAAACCCGCGGCCAUCAGAGCAUUGCCACGGGUUACCACCAUGGGUGUAUACUCGAGUAUGGCCGAUACUCAAGUAUAAGUCGACCCGUUGGGCGUUGUAAUGAGCCCGGCGGUCCUGGUCUGUAUUAUGGCAAUGUAAGUUAGUGGGGGGUUUUCAGCAUAGAAAAACUCUUCUUAUACUACAGUAUAUAGUGUGUGUGUGUAUGUAUAUGUAUGAUUUAAUCAGGUAAAUCUUAUUAAUAACUCACCCCAUGAACCUACAUUCACAACCAGCAAUUACCCCAUGGUCAAACUCCCAACAUCUUCCAAAUGUCAAAGCAUGUAAACUUUUGACUAUCUGCAUACUUUAUGUAGAGUAACUGCUACCCAAGUCUAAUUUUUUUUUGCCUACUUGCAAUAAAGGGACUCUAUAGUCAAAAAACAACUUCAUCUUAAUGAUCCAUGCCGUUGCAGUCUCACUCAGGUGAAAUUAAAAACUGAAAAGUAUCCGGAUUGCAUAUAAAGACAGCAGGGUUGACAGUGUGGUAUGGUCUCCCAGGGUGUCUGGCCCCCGGUUAAAUCACUUUUAGUUUCUGUUUAUGCAGAACUAGCAACACCUCACCUGGCUGUGAAUGACACAGUCUGCAUGUAAACUAAAUUGUUUGAUUUUCAAUCAGAUGUAACUUACUUUAAAAGGUUUUAUCUCCUGCUCUGUAAAUUGAACUUUAAUAUACAGGAGGCUACUGCAGGGUCUAGCAAGCAGAUGAGAAAUUCUAAUUAAACAGAAUGUGCAAUAAAGGAAGUGUAAACAUUAGAUGACUGUGCAGGAAGUGUUUAGGAAGGAUGUGUAUGUUACAUGCAGGGAGGUGUGCCUAGGUCUACAUAAUAGUUAUUUAACUCCUAAAUGGAAGAGAACUGUACAGUCAGUGAGACUGCAGGGACAUGAUAUAUACACCAAAAACUGCUUCACUAAGCCAAUGUUAUUUUGGUGUCUAUAGUGCCCCUUUAGUGAAUGAGUGUAAAGUGGCCAAUGUGUGCAUGUUUCAUAAACCGUAAGACUCUGAUAUUAAAUAAAGACUAUAGAUCCCUCCCAUCUACCCCCUGCUAAACAGUGGAUUGAAAACCAAUGUGUACAAUUUAGGCUGAUGAAGACUUUUAGAAGACCUUGCACGCAUUCGGGAGGGUGGACUCUAAUGCGUUAUUGGGGAGUGCAUUCUUUUAGUCAUGUUUUCUGUAGGACAUUGAGCUCAUUCUUAGAUUUGCAAGUCAGUUUAUUUACUUAAUCCUGUGUUGGUAUACGCUAUUAAAGUGUGUUUUUUUUUUUUUUUUGUUUCUGAAAGCUUAAGGAAUUGCAGCUACAAAAACAAGAACAAUUAAAGCAACAACAAAUGGAGCAGCUACAAAAGCUGAUGGAGGAGCAGAAGAUGUUGCUGAGCUUGGUGUCCAGGCAGCAGGGUUUCUGUGGUGAGUAGAUCUAGUCCAAAUCCAAGACUGAUGACGUGCUGGUUCGAGAACAAUUGCUUACUGGUCCAUGUCCUCCUGGGUGGUCCAGUAUGUCCAUCCAAGGUUUCGGUUCACGGACAGAGCUGCACUUACCUUGUUAUUGUGUUUGCGCCUGCAGUAAAUCAAGUGAUGAGUUGUUUUCAUGUCUUUAGAAGGGCAGAAGUUGGGAGAUGGGAAGAUUGUCCGUCUACCACAUGAGGUUUUUAAAAAAAAAAAAAAAAAAAAGUGAUAUAAUUGUUUAUUUUUAUGAGAUGUAGUGCAGACUUUAUUCUGUUGGAGGUAUACAGCUCUCAUCAGGUCAGCAGACAGUGACCUGGAGACACUAUAAGCAGUCUUUCAUAGCUUAGUGAGUUAUGUUUAGGUUAAUAUUUUGCAUGUUUCUUUCAUUAGUCUUAUGGAGGACUUUCUGUUGAAUUACUGCAUUUUACCACCCUGUCAUGUGCAAGCUACAUUUCUGCUGUCCUGGUAAUUGGUUCUGCCCCUAAUAAAUUUGUUCAUGUUUUACAGAACCUGAGCAAGAGAAUCAGCCUUGUGAUUCUGCACCUCAAAGAUGCAGUGCACACAUUCAGCCUCCCGUCAGUCACCAAAUAUCCAUGGAUUACCUUUACCAUCAGCAGGAUCUGAAUAAUGAUGGUAUGGCUUCCUAUUUCAAGGAGAGAUGUAAUACUGCAUCUAUUGGGGAACACUACUGUGAUGUAUCUCAGGAAAAUGAUAUUCAGUCUGAAGAGGAAAAUGGGGAUUUUACCGGUAAUUCUAAUCUAUGUAAAUACAAUGGUUCAUUUUGUUUCUGUAAUACAUUAGUUAUUACAUCCAGCAUAAGCUUGUUUUCAUUGAACUCUUCAAUGGACAGACCAGGGUAACAAUAUAAUGGAUGCAGCUGAUUGUUGUAUGACGGACUAUGUUAUCCGACCUAGCAUUCUUAGCCAGUCAACACUUUAACAAUAGAUAUUGUUAAAGUUGAAUUAAAAGUUCUGCAUUGUCAGUGUUGCUGAAGAGCAGCACUGGUUUUUGUCAACCUACUUCCAAAUUUUUUAAAUAAAACUCAAUAUAGCCACUGUGCUGGUCUGCAGUUUAUGCUGUACUGUUUGGCUCUGUUUCAAUCAUAACCUCUGAUUCUCUGAUCAAUUGCUAAUUUCUCUGUUUUUACUUUUGUUAAUUAGGUCUGCAUGUAAAAGGUGAUAUUUCAGAUUUAAAAUGUAGAAUUUGAGAAACAUCAUGAUCUUAUUUAGAUCUAGUUAUUUUCCUAAAUGUUUUAUAAAUACAGUCAUGCCUUUAUUAGAUUAGAUAAACUGUUCUGACAAUAGCUAUAAUAUGUAACAUCUAAAUUAUUAAGCAUUAUGUUAUUAAAUAGUGUUUUUCUUCCUUUUCCUUACCCUAUUAUAUAAACCUGGCCAAAGCACCUGUAGAAUGGCAUUGACCAACUUGGAGUCAUUUUGUCUAUUUUAUACUUCAGAUUAUGCUAAUUAUUGACUAUAUUGUUCAGUUGUAGGUAUAAAUGAAGAUUCUUCACCCACUGAUGAUCAUCAGAGAUAUUUUGUGCAGCACUCGGACGAGAACAGUGUGGAAGCUAUUUAUACAGAAGAAAGGUAAAUGGAUUUUUAGCAUUCAAUAUUGCAUUUCUUGACCAGGCCACGAAACAGUCUGGUGGCCGUAUCUUCAGAAGGAUAUUGAUACUUUGUAGACCGCUCAGAGAAGGGCUACUAAACUGGUUUAAUGGAUUGCAGGAUAAAACUUACCAGGAAAGGCUAAAGGAUCUUAAUAUGUAUAGCUUGGAGGACAAAACGGGGGGAUAUGAUAGAAACCUUUAAAUACAUAAAGGGAACAAUGGAGACCUUGGCUCAACUAUAUGUCUAAGACCCUGGUUUAAUUCUUCAGUACCCCAGUGAUCAUUACCCUCCACCAAUUUUUUUUUUUUCCUCUCCUUUCUGGUGCUUUUUUUUUCUUUUUCUUCUGUGGUUUCCAUGAAUUGGGAAGAUUGUUGUAUUAGAAACCUUUAAAUAUAUAAAGGGAAUCAACACCGUAGAGGAGGAGACUAUAUUUCAAAGAAGAAAAACUACCACAACAAGAGGACAUAGUCUUAAAUUAGAGGGACAAAGGUUUAAAAAUAUCAGAAAGUAUUACUUAGACUGAGAGGGUAGUGGAUGCAUUUUUACUCUCAAUAGAUAAAUCUGCUGUCUUUAAUUGGUAUAUGACCAUGGACAGAACAUUUUUAGUACUUUUUAUUUUAUUUUGUAAAAAAUUUUUUUAUUGAGGUAUACGCAUGAUAAGAAGAUGAAACAAUAUAUGGAUUUACAUAAGACAAUUGUAAAUAACAGAUCUGUGUACUGAUAAGCCUUACCCCUUUUUAUUAUAGAAUGAGAGGCAAUUAAGUGAUAUGGAUACGACUAGGUACAAUGAGAUACAAUACAGAACUUUGGGUCAAGUAAGAUUAAAAAAUUGUACUGAGAUGUGCCCUCUCCCAAAAAUGUUUAAAGAAAUAAAAAGAAACAAUGGUAAACUUACAAACCUGAUAACUGAAUGGCUUACAUAGUACCUUCUAAUCAGACGAGGUUACACGUAUCAUGAGGACAUCUAACAUCUGUUAAACCCCCAUAGGAAAUCAUUGAAGGAAUGCUUUCCUAUGAGGAGAGCCUAAUGCUCCACGGUGCUCGCUUUUCAUAUGCAUUAGCCCCUACGUCGGAGGAGGCAGAGCACCAACCGAACUCCAAGGGAGAUCUGUCCUUAAAAGAUUUUUUUUUCUUCUUUUAUUUUUUUUAACCUCUUCUUUGCCGAGGGAGGGGGGGACCAGAGGGCACUAUAGUGUAAGGAAUACAGGCUUGUAUUCCUUACACUACAGAAUCCCAUUAACUGUCUAUAUUACAAAGAGCUGACAUGGCUUCCCUGAAGAAAAAUAACAUACACGUUUUCUGCUAUGAACUUUCCACCAUGGAAUCCUCUGCUUUCAGUAUGAUUUAUUUUCUUUCGAAUUAGAAGCCUCUUUGAUUCUUUUGCGACACUGGCUAAUUGUUUGCUGUACCAUCUCUUUAAGAAAAUGACAGAUUCAAUUCUUUCAAAACACAAAGACUUCUCAUUACCAGUCAUGGCUGUAUUUUAGUGUGUCUCUUUAAGUAUGGCUGGAAAAAUCCAGGAGAACUCCUCGGCUCCUGUAUGGUACAGUCAAAGCACAUAAUUUUAUUUAUUUUAUUCCCUUUCAAAAGACCAAUCGUAUCGGAACUCAAGGAACGGAAGAAGUCCUUUGAAGAAUUUGUGGAGGAGCAGAUGAGAUUAGAAGAACAACGGCUCAGACAAAAUACUCCGCAGGUAAAGAAAAACUAAUAAAACAUCAUAUGUAUACGGCAGUAUAUGUAUAUGGCAGGAUCCAUUAAUUAAAUACACAUAUAGUAUAUGUAUAUGGCAGGAUCCAUUAAUUAAAUACACAUAUAUAAUAUUUCUUUUUUUUUUUUUUUUUUUCUUGUACCUCAUUUAACAAAUAAAUGACAGUUGUCCUUUAAUGAUGUAGUGGAUAUUUCUACAAUUGAACACAAUAUUAAAUGUUUUAUUUUUAGGCACCCGCAAAGACUGAAGAAAGACCUUUGACAAAAAAGCCAUUUUUGAAACGGGGGGAAGGUCUUGCUAGGUUUAGGAGUGUAAAUCCUAAAUCUAAAGAAGACGUUCCUUCUUUACAGCCUAAGGUUUCAGACGCCAAUGUUAACAAGGUAGAAAAACUACAAAGUCAGAGGAAAACCGUAAGCCAAGAACAAGUUUUUGAAAACCGUUCUGAAAUGCUUAAAAGGCCAAUUCAGACCUGCAAGGAUAAAACUGAACAACCUCGUAAAAAUGCUGUACUGAAAAUCCACAACAAAAAAAAUACAUCUGUAACACAAGGACAGCAUGAGCGUAUACCUAACAGGACUGGUAAAAAUGUCAUAAGACAGGAAAAGAUAAAUGUUUUAAAAGCCAACAAAGAAAAUGUAGCAGUUCAUGCUAACAGUGGACUUCAGAGGAUAUCAACAAAAACCAAUGCAGACAGUCUUACAAAUGUCAGAAAUGAAGAAUUUUCUCUUGAAGUGUCCUUUCAAAAACGAAAGAAAAUCUGGGAGAAAGAAAAACAAAAGGAAAACUUUGAAUUGGAUGAGUUUUUACUCCUUGAACAAGCUGCUGAGGAUAUCUCCUUUUCUAGCAAUUCUUCUUUUGUACAUAAACUGUUGGAUCAAAACUAUCAGAUUGACCAUGGCAGGUUGUCUUCUACUCCUGUUAAGCAGCAGCAAAUGAAAAAUGUUGAACACAAUGAUAUCAUUACUAGAAAACUGGAUCCAGUCCAAGGGAAGAAAGGUGUGCUUGGUGUUUCAAAAAAAAAUCAGAGUUUUUCACAUGUUCUUCAAGAACAGAAGAAAGAAGACAUGAUUGAGUCUAUCAACCAAGAAGAGAAAUCUUCUAAAUUCGCAGAACAGUCUUCAAGUGAAUUUAAAAGGAGUUUAGAUGAAUAUGAGAGAACUAAAGAAGAUGACUCUGGAAUUGUUACAAGUAGCAGGGAAGAGGACCCUCACUGUGAUGAACUGAAAGGUCCAUCUAAAAAUGUGAAAAAGGACAACAAAAGCAGAGACUUUGAUCUAGAUUUGUCAGAUAGAGAAAAUAGUGAUGGUGAGGAAUCAACAUUGCUGGGGAAAAAAAGUAAUAGUAGCUCCGAGGAUGAUGACUCCAGUCUUUUGUCCUCAAAUGCUAGUCCUAUAGAAUUUGAUGAUGAAAAAACUUGGACUGACCUUGACCUGGAGAACCAGCAAGAAUUCUGUGAAAAUAACUUUACUAAUAAGGAGUUUAUUCCCUCUGCUUAUACCACUAGAAGUCCAGUGAUUGCCACAGAGAAAACUAUAAAGAGGAAAGUGGCUUCAAAGAAGGUGGAUGAACUAUUAAAAACAAAUGUUACAACUGCCAAUCAGAGUCCUCCUCCAACUUCAGAUUUGGUAAUUAAGCUAUUUCCGUCUUUAAAGCCCAAACAGAAACCAGAGUCCCAGUUUAUAAACAAGCCGGCUUUUUUGGAAGAAGAUUCUGGUAAGCAGGCCUCUUCGUUUACUGAAUAAAGUAAUGCACUGUGGUUUUUAUUUAUUUAUACUUCUGCUAGAUAAAUUGAUCUGUUACUGGCUUCUCAAAAAUAGCAUUCAGCAUUUACAUACCUAUUGCAAAUUCUGGGUGGGUAGAUCAUGUAUUGUGAGGAGGAUAGAUGGAUAUGAAAGGGAUCUGAGUAUAGAUACUUUAACUAGACCAUAAUGAUUGUCUUUCUACCUCUGCAGGAUAAAUAUUUCAAUACUUAAAGGGACACCGUAGGCACUGUAUCUGCUUCAUCUCAUUAAACUGGUUAUAGUGUAUGGAGUCCCCUGGUGCCAUCAUUUCUUUCAGCAUUAAACAGUUUUUAAUGUUGUAAUGUUUUAAUGCUAAACAAGAGACCACGGCAGUCCAUCCCUCUGUGCUGCUUUGGCUAAUAAGGAAGUAUUACCCUGAGCAGCAAUGGGCAGCUGUGAUUGGCUGAGAGUGUCAGCUGACUGCUUUUAACCUGUCAGAGCUCCAAUUGACGGUAUGAAUGGGUAUGACAACAAGUAAGUGUGUAAUCUCUGCCUUAGCUACACAUACAGAAGGGGCCGGACUGUGGGUGGCCAGGGACUCUUAUUUUGUGGCAUACUGCACAAACAUGGUGCAACACUGAAUGGAGGGACAGUGCCAGGGCACUUCAGGCACUAUAACCAAUUCAAAGAGACAAAGUGGUUAUAGUGACUACAGUGUCCCUUUAACUGUAAAAUGAAAACAAACCGUUUAGAAUGUAAGCUUGUUGGCAUGAAACCAAACCUCUUGACUGAUUACUCGUCUGUCAAAUGAGCAGAGUUCUUUACUAAAUACAAAACAAUAGCAAAACUAAGGCUCCGUUUGCUACUUUGAUUUUCAUUUGUUACAAUUUGGAAUUUCACGUAUAUAUUUUGUUUCCAUACCCUAUACGAACGGUUUACACCACUGUACAUACUGUUUUUGCAAUAUAAGUAAAUAGAAUUUUGUAAUUUUUUUUUUUUUUUUUUUUUUGGAGAUCCUGUCCGUUCUCAGCUUUUAAAGGAAAAGUUAAAUGAACUGGAAAAUGAAAUUGAAAAAUUUAAAAUGGAAAAUGCAUCUUUAGCAAGACUUCGGGAAGACAAGGAGAAGACGUUGGAGUCUCUCAGGUGCUUGCUUUUUGUUUUUUUUCCUCUUUGACAGGUUUGACAUGGAGAAAAUGUUUAAAGGCAACAGGGGAGUCUCCCUCGUUUACUCCCCUAUUUUAUUUCACCACAUGUCAAUUUCCCUUUCUUUAUACAAAAAUUUAUUACUAGGCAUUUCCUAAAGGCCCUCAUCUCGAUCUGUUGGAAACAGCAAGUGGUAUCCAAACUCCAGCAGUGGCAAUAGAAAAAAAAUAUUCUAUGGAGUCUCUGAACGCUGUUCUUUAUGACAGGCCUGAAAAUUGUUUAACGAUGGAGACCUUGGCUCAACUAUAUGUCUAAGACCCUGGUUUAAUUCUCCAGUACCCCAGGGAUCAUUACCCUCCACAAUUUUUUUUAUUUUUUUCCUUUAUGGUGCUUUUCUUGUGUGUUUUUUUUUUUUUUUUCUUCUUCUUCUUCUGUGGUUUCCAUAAAUUGGGAAUAUUAUUGUAUUAGAAACAUUUAAAUACAUAAAGGGAAUUAACACCGUAAAGGAGGAGACUAUGUUUUAAAAGAAAACUACCACAAUCAAGAGGACAUAGUCUUAAAUUAGAGGGGCAAAGGUUUAAAAAUAUCAGGAAGUAUUACUUUACUGCGAGGGUAGUGGAUGCAUGGAAUAGCCUUCCAGCUGAAGUGGUAGAGGUUAACACAGUAAAGGAGUUUAAGCAUGCGUGGGAUAGGCAUAAGGCUAUCCUAACUAUAAGAUAAGGCUAGAGACUAGUGAAAGUAUUUAGAAAAUUGGGCAGACUAGAUGGGCCGAAUGGUUCUUAUCUGCCGUCACAUUCUAUGUUUCUAUGCUUUUAAUUUGUUACAAUAUUCAAUAUCACACAUAUAUAUUACUACUGGCAUGACUGGGCACCACCAACUUUAUACAUUUGCUCGACUCCUUUCCAUCCUUCACUAUAACAUGUUGUUUUUUUUUUGUAAAAUGUUUGUACAAAGGUUUUAAAAAUUAACUUUUGAACUGAAAGUUCUCUUCUCUAUGUCUUUAAUGAUAGGAAAGAGGUUGCAGAGUUUGAGCUGCAAAAAACAAAGGAGUUGGCUCGGAUUGAGGAAAUGAAAAAAGAAGAAAUUAAAAAGCUGCAGAAAGAACGUAAGGUAUUUGAGAAGUAUGCCAGUGCAGCCAGAGCUAUCCCAGACAAAAAGGAACGAGAAGAAAUACAGGUGAGAGAACAUUUUAAAAAUAAGAAUUUGAAAUUACUUUCAAAAGAAGAUUGACAAUAAAAUAUUGAAUUUCAGCGUGAAACAAACUCUGAAAUACUGAGGACAUCAUUACUCUCUGAAUACCUCCAUUCCAAUUUUAUUAGCUAUUAUUGCACCUGCAUGUAUACCUUUUUAUAACCCUGUCCUGUUGCAUGUGCAUGUAUUAUGGCUUUUUAAUUUUUACUUUUUUUUUUUUAUAGAAAUAUAUGGACUUGUACAUGAACAAAUCUGCAUUAUCUACAUAAUAGAAACUUCAUGUGGUGUCAUUUAGGUUGUGCAGUAGUAUUUUAACCUUUUGGUGUUUGUUCAGUGUCUGGCAGUGUCGUGACUGUCUACUACAUCAGACUGCACUUUUGGAUUUUGUGGGUUAUGGAGUCCAGAAGAUGCAGUGCUACCUGCUCAUUCUCUUGAUCUGCUCUUAAACUGCUUAAGAUCUUUUCAUAGUUUGCACGUAGUGAUGGAAAAAUACAAAACACAUUGGGGGAUAUAUUAGAUUUCUCUUUGAUGAGAAAAUUGAGCCUCUACUUCUUGUCUCCUUUUUGACUGCGAGUGUAUAUAAACCUUCUUUAUGUCCACAUAAAAUCUAUUGCAUUUCUAAAUGAUUACUAGGUUUUUUUUUGGUUUUUUUUUACAAUUAACCAGUACAUUCCUCCUCAAUACUCCUGAUGUUUUGUAAACUUAUUUAAAAUUUUUUUUUUUUUUUUAUAGUGAUAAAACUGUGUUUUGAGACUGUUUAUACCCAGUCCCUUUUUUUCCUAAUCUUUUUUUUAUUCCAACAGUAUUUGGUUGCUCUUCUACCAUGUUUCCCCAAAAAUAAGACAUCCCUUGAAAAUAAGCCCUAGCUUAUUUUCGAGGGGUGCUCCUAAUAUAAACCCUAUCCUAAAAAUAAGCCCCAGCCGUUCACUAAUCUAUGUUCGGGGAAUUUUUCCCGAACAUAGUUUUGCGGAAUUCUAUUCGCGAGUAAGCUUAUCUGUGUUUGGGGAAUUCCCCCGAACAUAAACCUGCAUUCUAGCACACUUUUCCCCGAAAUAAGACCUCCCCCGAAAAUAAGCCCUAGUGUUUUUUUGGGGGGGAAAAUUAAUAUAAGACCCGGUCUUAUUUUCGGGUAAACACGGUACCUCUCAUGUAAGUAUAUUAAUCAGUCGAUUUUUUUUUUUUUGAAGUUUCAAGAGCAGUAACCAAACUAAAAAACAAACCACAAACUGCAAUAUUUAUUAUAACAUAAGCUCCGAUGUAGUAAUCUUUGGUUGUUUGUAUUAAUACUGAUUUAGUUGUGAGUUUUGUUCAAUGAAACAUGUUGUGCUCUUUUUGUCAAGACUUUGAAACAACAGGUCAAAGAUUUGCAAGAAGAGCUAAAAAGUAAAGAGGUAAAAUGGUCAAACUUAAAGAUCCGACUUCGAAACCAGAUUGAAACCUUAUUAAAGGAGAAUGGCGAGCUCAGAGAGGAAAUUAAGUUCAUGGAAAAGGUCCGUGUGGACACCUGGAAAAAAUCAGAAGCAACAGAGAGCAAAAAGAAGCCUGCUGAAACUAAUGUAAAUCAUCAGAGAUAUUUGGAUUCCACUGUAAGUUCUAUACACAGGUGCUUUCUGGGUUAUUCACUAAACAGCAAAUUUAAGAAAGUUAAAUCUAGAUUGCAAACUUGAGGCUAAAAUAGGAGGGAGGGGGAUGACUGUAUAUAUUGUUUUGUACUUUUUUUUUUUUUUGUAUCAAUGUGUCUGGAUCUGUAUGUCUGUAUCUGUAUGUGUUAGUGUGUGCCUGUGUAUCUGUGACACUGGCUUUUCUCAAAAAAAUAACAUUUUGCUUCCCGUUUAUAUCUCUUUAUUUCAGAUUCCAUCAAACUUUAUGGAGAAAAGCAAAACCUCUCCUCCUGUUUCUCAACCAGAAAAGAGUAUAAAGAUAAUGAAGAGCCACUCACCAGGUAUUUUAUUUUAUUAUGAGAAGUAUUUUGUCACACAAAGGUCUCCAGGACCGUAUUAGCAGGUGUAAAAUGCUGUCUGUGAAUUAUUUCCAUGCAAUAGAUAAGGGCUCAAAAUUAUCACUUGCCAGGAGUGAGUGUAAAUUUUUAUUUUUUUUUUAAUCUUUAUUUUUCGUCCGUGAAAAUGGCAAACAUGUGUAAGGCCACAAUAGUCUUUACACAUCAAAACAGUGAAUAUCAUGUAAAUAAAUGUCUAGGAUCGUUUCACAAACAUUUUAUAGAUACAAUUGGUCUCAAUGUUAUAACGAGUGAUGUAAGUCGGGUAAUCGUGAUGAUAGAGGGUACCUAUCUGUCAAUAUCGCCCCUUGUAUUGUAGGGUCGUGAGAUGCGGGAACAGGGUGGGAAUGACUAAAUCUGGGUAUUGUGUCUAACGUCUCGCCCUUUGUCCCGAGGAUGUGGGUUUAUGAGUCGUAGGGUGUCCCUUCAGUCUAGUGGUGGCUGCGUGUAGUCGCUAAAACAGUUCAUAGCUAUGGCUAGUGUGUCCAGACGAUUAUAGGUCGCUGUAUUAUGGCAGGAUCAGGUCGGACCCGUGUGGUUCCAGGCUAUGGUUAUCAACCUAGUGGAUGUGCCUGAUGCCAGUCCGGUUUAUUAUAUCGCCCUCGAUAUCGGUUCCCUAUAACCCCAGGGAGAGGGGGGGGGGGGAGGUGUCGUCGGAGCAUAAAUGGUUGGAUCUAGUGAGCCUCGGUCGUGCUGCAAUAAUUGUCAGAACGAGAAAAAACAGAACUAUAUAUAGUUUAAGAGUCAGGGUUAGCUACACAGAACAUUUGAACUGAAUGUGCGAACUGAAGCCUAGUCGGCUGUCGGCUUAAGUAUGUCCCUCAGGUCUUGGGUUUGGCAUCUCUGCCUCUUCCAGGAGUCACGGCUGUUUCAGCUUCGGAAGUUCCAGGCUGAGGGUCUAGUGGUGUCCCCAAGUUUUCUGUGGGGUUCGGUAGUCCCAGGGCAGUCAUCAGUGCUGGGCCUUCUGUGGGUUCGGUGGCCUUGAAGUGCUUGUCGCCUUUAGUGAUCCAGAGAGUUCCUCGGGUCGCCCACCUAUAGGUUAUCCCAGCCGUUUGGAGUUGCUUGGUGAUUGGGUGCAUGCUCUUGCGCCAUUGUAGUGUGGCUCUGCUCAGGUCCUGAAAGAAGGAGAUUUUGCAUGUUUCGAAGUCGAGUGGGGUCAGCCCUUGUAUUGCUGCCAUUAGCCCCAAUUUGUCCGCCAUUGAGCGGCAUCUUAAGAUUACAUCUCGUGGAGCUGAGGUGGGUGCUUGUGGGGAUUUAGCUAUACGAUAGAUCCCAUCGAAUUGGAAUGCUUUUGCCUGUUUGGCUGGUAAAAGUGUGACCACAAGGCGUCUAGCGAAAUGCGGUAAUUCGUCCAGUGGCAUUGAUUCCGACACCCCUCGAAUUUUAAUAUUUUUGCGGCGCCCUCUGUCAUCCAAGAGAUUAACUUGCCUAGCCAUUGUCAGUUGUGAGGCGUGCAAGUUGCGCACUUUCUCCCCUAGAGCUAGGUAAUUCUCCCUCAGUCCCUUGACCUCUUCUUCGAUUGCUUGCGUGCGCGUUGACACCGUGUGUACGUCUAGCUUGAGUAUGGCUAGAUCUGCUUCCCACAUUUGUCUGAGAUUCUGCUGUAGGCCUGUUAGCAUUGCCUGUAUGUCAUUUUUGGAGGCCGGUGCGCUAGUGUCCGAUGUCCCUGUGGGUGUCGGGUGUUGGGGACUGGGGUGUGGAUUGUCCUGUGUGUCUCCUUCCUCUGAAGGUUGUGGGGAUGUGUCUCGAGGAGUUUGGGCCUUCAUGGCGUUUGAGGCCUGUAGCAUUUGGCCUAUGUCGCGCUGGGGCUUUGCGGUAUUUUGGGGCGUUUUUUGCGUCUUGCGGCCCAUCUCACCUGCGCUCAGUGUGUCGGGGUACCAGUCCUCAAAGUCUGGGACGUUCCAGGGCCAGUGCGUUCCCGAAAGGGCCUGAGGUUGCCCUCCCGAUCUGUAGGCCUUGCUGCCGCGGCGUUUAUUUUUGGAGCCGGGUGUCAGGAGGAACGGCAUCAGCGUGUCUGUGUGUCUCCGAGGUCAGUACUCGGUUGGGAGUCUGUAUGUGAUGCGGGUUUUCCCCGAUUUCUGCAGAUUUCAGUGGAUUGUACCGGAGCUCCGGCAAUGUGCGACCGCUCCGGUCUGUGUCAGGCUCCGCCCCCCGUGAGUGUAAAUUUAAACCCUGGCGAAGUGACAAGGAUUUGGAGGACUAACCUUUACCUAUCUGUCAUUUGAAGUGAAACCAACAGUGGCUUUCUGUAUCUUGGGGACUACCGGAUGAGAACCAGUGGUUAUGGAAACAAGCACAGUUGCUGACAACUCUGCCUAAUUGCCAAUCACCACUGCUGGCUUGUGUUAUGACUUGUGACAUUCCAUUUCUCCGAUAAGAGCUACCAGUGAACCUGUUUGGUUAGGCAACGCUUAGUACAGCUGCUUCAUUUGAUGUGGAGGGGAAGGAGUGGUGUGAAUUGACACGAAUGGGAACACAUUCAUUUUGUUUUUCCUUUCAAAUUAAGUAGGAAAUAGAUAUUGGAUUAAGAUUCUUGGUUACAAAGUCUGUGUAAAUUAUCUGGAUUGAGUCCAGAUUGUUUAUGCCCUGUGUCUGCUCUAUGAUGAAUUUUCUUGCACAAAUAUGUAGUCCUAAUCACUGUUUAGGUGACUGGGCCAAGGCUGCUAGGGUUCAAGAGUCCUCCUGAGACCACCUGAUUGACAUUGCAGAGUUUAUCCUGUUAUUUCACAAAAUUGCCUUUAGUCAUAUUGACAGCCACUAGAGGCAGGUUAACCUUUCAAAGAAAAUGUUUUAAUAUGCAGGGUUAAAACUGGGGAGGCACAUGGCACCUAGACACUUCAUUGAGGAAAAAUAAUCCAUACAUUGUGCUAGCAGAAACUUGGAGUGGUCCAUAGAAAGCAGGAGAACCCUCCAAUAUCCUAUUCUGACAUCUGAUAUGCUGCAAUGAAGGCAGCAUUGCUCUUCUGGGGGCAGGCUUCCAAAGCAGGGCUAAUCAGAUUACAAAGGGGAUAGGAGGCAGUCGGAAGCCAAAAGUGGGUAUUACAUUAUUGUAACACCAACCAAAACUGCAUGCUGGCAGCUCAGGAGAGAAGAUAAAGUUUUUGCUUUAUGGCAGAAUCGGCAAAUAUAUAUUUCAUCUUUAUGAAGGGAUUGACAUUACAGUUAAGCUGUAGGAGGCUAGGAGGUGUGAAUACUCUGUCAGUGAAGAGCUGUAAAUUUAUUGGGAUUAUCUAAGUAUUCCUGAAGCUUCUAGCUAUUGAAAAUGGUAUGGUCAGGAGUAGGCAACUUAUGGCACUCCAGUUAUUGUAGACUACAUACCCCUUGAUGCCCUUAAAACCAUAAUACUGGGAAAGCAUCAGGGGAGAUGUAGCCACAGCAAGACUGCUGAAGGUUGCCUACCCAUGGUAUAGGCUUUGUUUGUGUAUACAUGCUUAGUCAAAAUGGGAUUACAUUCGGUUAUAUUUUUCAUUUUAGGAAAGUCAAUGAAGCCUUCCAAAUCCUCUCCGGUCUGUAAUAUGUCAAAUCCAGAGCCCACCAAGGUAAAUAUGGCCAGGGCUAUGUUGUUACAAACCACUUAAGACCCAAUUGAACCAACAUUUAUAUGUCUGUUCCAUUGUAAUUUAAGUGCCACCCAUAAGUAUUAUAUAUUGCGUUUUUGUAUUUUUUAUGUAUCCUAUCUGUAUACCUAAUACAACAUUAAGUAUGAAUGAAAUGUUUAAAAUGGGGGAGAGGCGGCACUCCCCCACCCCACAUUUUUGUCUAUAGUAAUUUUUACACAUCUCGCUAACUUUAAAGGGGCACUAUAGUCACCUGAACAACUACAGCUUAAUGUAUUUGUUCAGGUGAGAUCUAUAGCUCCCUACAGGCAAUCUAAUGUAAACACUGUAUUUUCAUAGAUUGAUAGGGAUACCUCCAGUGGCCGUCACUCAGACAGCCACCAGAGGGACUUCCUAUCAUGUAGGGCCCUAAAAAGGCCUUGUACACGUCAGAUAUAUUAAGAUACGUCUGAAGUGUGCAGGAGAGAGCAGGCACUGUGUGCGCGCCUUCUCUCUCCUGCCUGUCAGCAGAGGAGAGGGAGCGGGCAAAGACCGCAAGCUGAGCUGUCAGUCAGUUCAGCUCGUGGCCGCACACACUGCGUGCAUGCGCGGUAGUGCGCUCAGGACUUCAGAGGGCAGCAUGAAUGCCGCCCUAUGAAGUAUGUGCGGUGAAGCCGCGCAUGCGCACAAAGGAGCAAUGACUCUUCCAAAUGGAAGAGUCUGAUUGCUCCCUGCUCGCGCCCGCCUAUUUCGUCAUUUUGACGAAAUAGGGGGCGCGGCUUCACGAGGCUCCCGGUGCUAGAACCAGGUGAGUAAACUACUCUGCCUGGAGAGUCCCUUUAAGAAAAAUAACUCCUAAUAGGUUGCCGUAUCAUUCCUGGAUUCUAAAUGCCUUCCAUGUCUAGGAUCCAAAUUACAUUUUUGGUAGUUUAGAUAAGAUUCAACUUUAUUAGCAGUGUAAAUACAAACACAAUGAAACAUAGUUGGCCAUCGAUCAGACAUACAGUAGCUAUUUAAUAAAAUAUACAGUAAAAUGGAAGAUGUACUCUCCAUGUAAACUUUAGCAGUCCUUUCCUAAUGCCAAAAUACAUCAAAUACCUAAGGAAUAUUAUCCCUCAUUGACUAAUAAAAAACUUUAACAGCCUAAUAAUACAUAUAGACAUUACACAAUAGUGCCACCACUAUUAUACAAUACAACUAUAUAGCCUAUAGCCUUGAAUUCAAACUAAAAACAUCUAUCCAAUAUAAACCAACCAUAAACCUUGUGAAAAUAAUGUGCAUCAGAAUACAAAUACAGUUGGCACAAUCUAGUGCAAAUAAAUAAUUCUCAACAAUACACCUUUAUCGUGUGAGAAUAAAGUGCAUACCACUAUUCAACUAAACACAUCCACCAAAAACACAGAACACGUGCUGCAAAUACAUUGAUCAUUAACACAAAGUGCUCAUUGUAAAUCUUUAGAUUGCAAUCUCACGGGCAGGGUCCUCUACCUGUUGUAUCGGUCUUUUCUUAUUGUGUUCGUUUUUCCAAUUGUACAGCGCUGUGGAAUUUGUUGGCGCUUUAUAAAUGCCAGUAAUAAUAAUAACACCACAUAGGCCAAUUGCAUAAAGAGCAAGAUGUAAGCACAUGGACCAUGUGCAAAAAUAGCAAGAUGUGAGCACACAGACCAUGUACAUAAAGGACAUGAUGUGAGCACACAGUACAUCCACCCUAACUUAAUCAUAUAGUAUCCCCAAGCAUCUUUAACUGUUAUAUUACCCUAAUCCUAACCAGAACUCAUUAACGGAGGGAUUUUCCAACUGCUUCCCAAAGCCAUCUACUGGGUGAUUGCAGCUUGAGGGUGGGUAUCCCUCUCAUGCUGCAACACUUGUUUUGCUGUCCCUGCCGCGCAUACUGUGAUCGAAGAUGAGUAACAAAGUGACACACACAAGAAAGCAAGGACUAGAAUACAAACUUAAUGUGAAAGACUCUCAGGUCUUUCACUGCCCACCCCGCCCCCAACGUGUGAACAGGUAUUUAACCCUACACCAUUAUUAUUAGGAUGUUCUAUGCUGUCAUAAUGUUGUUAAAGCCCACUCUGCCGAGGGUAUUGUGCAACGUCUUUUAAGGGGGUUACAAUAAUUAUUAGUAUUGAGCACUCCUAGAAUAUUAAGUUUACAUUCUCAGUUUACAUGCAAAUAUCUUUGUUUCUGUCAUUGUACUGUUAUAAUGCUCAUCUUUGUUUUGCUACAGUUUUCGGAUAAUUUAUUGGUAACAGAGCAGAAAAGUCACUCCCCUGUACUUAAGGGGAGUGAAGAUGAUGUUCAGGGAGAAAUCUGCUAUUCUGAUGGGAAGGUGAGCACUUCACAGGACAUUCCCUUUAUUUAUUAUAUAUAUAUUAUAAUUUUAAUGCUGUAUUUGUAUUUCAAAUUCUAUUGAGUCUAUAUCAUGCACGAAGUACGUAAAGUGAACUAAUGCAGCCUGCAUUUUCCAUUUAAACUGGAACUGCUGGGAUGUCUUGUUUACCGGUCUUUUGAGUGCUUGGUGGCUGAAUACCAUUUACUGCAUCAUCUGUACGUCAGCAAGUGGAUUAAUGAAGGCAUGAGCUGCAGACUGCUGAUAUUAACCAUGAACCUCGGAACUGUAACCAUUCUGUUUCACAUUUUUAUUUUUCCCUACAUUAUACAGGAGUCCUGCUUCUGGAUGUCCACAUUUGAGAGAACACACUAUCACAUUUUGUGUCAGCCUUUUCAUUUCUUAUUUAUUUUAGAUAGAGCGGAUUCUAAGAAAUGGCAGUCAUGUAAUUUUAUUCCCAAAUGGGACGCGUAAGGAAGUGAGCGCUGAUGGAAAAUCAACAACUGUAACAUUCUUCAAUGGAGAUGUGAAGCAAGUGAUGGCUGAUCAAAGAGUGGUAUGUAUCUUAACUGUGUUUGUUUGUUUUAUACUAUGUAAAAACCAACAAAACUGUAUGCAAUUAUCUUGAUAUACUUCUAGAUUUACUACUACGCUGAUGCCGAAACUACACAUACAACGUACCCAGAUGGACUUGAAAUACUGCAGUUUUCCAAUGGACAAAUUGGUGUGUAAUUAAUCUUUCAAUCUGUAACUUCUGAAUUAUAAAGUUGGUAUAUGAAGCUAAGAAGGAAGUUUAAAUGGAUCAUUUAAUUUUUAUAGUCAGGAAGGGGAGAGGAGUGAAUGGACACUGUCCGCAAUAUAUCAGUAUUGAAGAGAUUAAUAAAUAUUUCUAUAACCGUUUUACAUAAAUUUUAUUUUAGAAGUGGGAUUUAACAGAAUGCAGGCAUUCUGUUGCAAUUUGUAGUAAGCUGCACUACUAGUAAUGCCUUCAGGGACAUUACAAAUACCGACAACAAGGUAUUUUUUUCUCUCAUCUACCGUAUGUGAGAAAUUGCAUUUUUUGCUUUAUACUAACAAGUAAAAAUGAAAUGUGUAAAUUUACAUAAUUUUAAACUUUGUUUUUAAAGAAAUCUAUAAACAAUAUUGAUAUGUUGUAAAAUGUAUAUGCUAGCUACGCAUCCCUUGCUUCAAAUUAAUUUUAUGCUAAUCUUAUAUUUAAUUGCAAACCGCUUGGUAGUGAAAGGGUUGAUGCAUUAAACAGAUAUGCAUAUAAACCCUAACUCUCUUCCCCCCUCACCCCCCCAAAAAACUUCCCUUUUUUUGAAGGUUCUUUUUGAUCAGAAAGUCUAGUCCUGCUCUAUGGAGGUCUAAUAACCAUUAAAUCCAGAAGGGAUUUGUGGGCUAAGAACACCUAAAGUUUCAGGAAUACAAACAAGUAUUCCUGAAACUCUAGGUGUAAAAAAACAUUUUAGAGCCUCCAGCACAGCGUGGAUCUAGUUGCAACUGGCCCCUCACUCAGCCUGUUUGGCGGAGAUCAAACUUGAUUGAAUCAAUGCAUCUCUAUGAGGAACAUUCCGCUCCUCAAUGCAGAGUGUGGAGAUGGUGAAAAUCAAUGCCCCAGCAAUCACCUCUAGUGGCCGUCUGAGGGAUGACCAUUAGAGGUGUUCCUAGAUAGUAAUGUAAAUACUGCCUUUCCCUGUCCUUGCAGGCUUUUAGACACCAGGGCAACUAGCUGUAGUUCUGGUUACUAUAGUGUCCCUAUAACACAUGGGAUGAGUGGAAUGGUUUUGUAAAGAUAUAGCAUAAUUAUUUAAACACAAUAUUGUGAUCUGGACCGUGCACAGAGAUUUUUGAGCCACUGAACAGGUGCAUGGCUGUGAAUCAGCCCUCUCCAGGGGCAGAGUGAGGUCAGUGUUGGUAAUAGUUGUAGCAUAUCUCUGCAGUCAGAAACCAAUAUGGGAAAGAAGAGUGAUCGGUAUUCUAUGUACCAUAUCAUUUGCAUGUAUACAAUGUUGUUAUGGAGACCUUUUACAUCAUUCAAAUUCACUCUAGGCACCACAAUCGCUUCAUCUCCUUGAAUUGGUUAGGGUGUCUGAAGUCUCCUAGUAAUAUCUCACUAUUUAGUGUUAAACUGUUCUAGAAUAUUUUAACACUGAGUGGGGAUCCCUGGUAACCAGGCCCCACUGCUGCACAGGUGAAUGCCUCUGUCAGCGGAGUGCUGCCCAUCACUAGUAUGAGUUGGUAUGGCUAAAGCUGAUUGCAUUGUUCAAAAAUAGCUGAUCAAUGAACUGUAGGAUAGUGCUAGGGCCCUCGAUGCCCCAUAACCAUUUGCAUUAAGUGGUUAUGGUGCCUUGAGUGUCCCUUUUUAAUAAUGUGAGUUAACAAAUUAAAUGUCUUAUAUUUUGGACACCCCUUUCCAACUUUGUCAACAGUUUAGCAGCAUCAUUUUUUUGAGGUGAAACCCUAUAUAUUUUUCUUACAGAAAAGCAUUUUCCAGAUGGAAAGAAAGAGAUCACAUUCCCCGAUCAAACUAUAAAAAAUCUUAACACUGAUGGAACAGAGGAGAGUAUAUUUCCAGAUGGCACCAUCAUAACUAUAAAACCGUAAGUUCUUUCUACUGACACCAGGGAGACUUGUACUUUUCCUUAGUUUAUAAUGUUUUCUGUUAUUCUCUGCUCGAAUUAGUUUAUUUAAUUUUUCUUAUAUAGAAACUGAUACUGUAGUCACUAUAACCACUUCAAAUCAGUGAAUUGGUUAUAGGACAGAGUCCUUUGCCAUGGUCCCAUCCAUUCUUUUUUAAUAGGGUUACCAUAUUCUGUAAAGUUAAAAAAAAAAAAAAAAAGACACCUCCAGGAGCAGGUUCUUGUGGACUGGAAUUUAGUCACGUGAGUGCAAUGAAGGUCGAGGGUUUGGGCUUCCUAUCGAGGAUAUUUCCUUCACUGGGAUGAUGCGUCAGAUCCAUGAAAAACACUAAGCAACUGGCCCCUCGUAUGCACUAAAAAAAAAUUCACAUACUAAAAGGAUUGUUUACUGCAUUACAGCUGUAGGAAAUCAACUGCUUGUAUCACAUUGUCAAAGCCAGAAAAAAAUCUUUGACCACUGUCCAACACCUCAAAAAGGAUUCUUGACUGCACUAUGGCUGUAACACACAGUCAAACCCAGAAAAAUGAUUUGAAUUUACUGCUAGUUAUCCAAAAACAGGCCUGUUAACUGCCGGUAAUGCUUGUAUCACUGUUCUCUACUUCUUGUGCCUAACUAUUCCUAUCUGAAGAUUGAAUUUGUUUGAUACAUUUUUAUUGCUUUUCAAGUAACUCUGAAUUUUUUUUCCAUUGAGCCUGCAUAAGGGAGAAGUGCUGCUUCACAUUGCCAUAGUAAGGAGAGAUAGCAAGAAGCAUUUUAAGCAAUAUUCAACAAUUCUGAAUGAUCAUCAGUAAUUUUAGAGCCAGUGUUAUUGUUCUCGGCAAAUAUCAAUUUAACUUUAGUCCUAGUCAUCUGAAUUCUUUUAGUCAACAAACAUAACAGUUUAGAGCUUUCAAAAUAGUUUGCCUAUUUUUGGUGUGAUUCCUUAAACUAUCAUUUUUAUAUUGUACUGUAAAUGUUUUAAGAGUACUAACUUGGUCAAAUCAAUUCACAUCCUGAAUUGGAACUUCCUUCUUAAUCAGGCAUUGAACAGUAGCUUUUACAUCACUUUAAUUAGAUACCUCAUGGAGGGACAUCUAAGUAAAAUAUUGCAGGGGCUUCAACCACCUGUUCAAGUAUUCCAAACCAUUACUGUAGAGGCUCUUUUAUUUCUGCAGAGAAGUAAUCAAGUCCUUGAUUGCAUUUUUGAGAUAAAAGUUCCUUAACCUUCAGAGGUAUAAAGUUUCUAGUCAAAUGUUCAGAUAAAACAUUGAUGGAAAACCAAAUUGUUUAGAACUUCGACAAGUGUUGCUUUUCCGUUCAAUGCACUCAUGAGUUAAUACAGUAGAUAGAGGUAGAGUUCACUAAAAUUAUGCUCAAAAAGCUUUUAUUUAGAGUAGGUGGAAUUUUUUUGAAAUAAAAAAAUGACUAACACUGCAAAAGUGUAUUACUCUUCCAAUACCAAAAAAUAACCACCUUGAGAGAGAGCAACUGCCUGUAUAUGUAUGGUAGGCAUAAAUAGCUUAGACCACACAAACACAGUUUAUUUAUGUUUCAGUGGGCUUGGUCGUGGUGUUUUAUUUAAAGUUUAAAAGGGGCAUACCACCAUAACUUGAUAACGGUAAUAUAUUCACAUAAGUUUCACUUUACUUCCAAAACUUUUAACUUUCACCAUAACUUAAUUGCCAGUUAGUCAUAGCUAACCUGACCGCCUUUUAUUUACAACCAUUUAACACAUAUCCUUCCUCAGAACUUGAACCUGAGGAUGACUUUGCCCCAAUGCUUUCCAACACCACGACAAUAAUUAUAAAGAAAGUUAGCAAGUAGGGGAGGGGUCCGUCUGUGCUUCUCCUGUCUUGAAAGACCUCUGACCGGGAUUACGCUCGCGUUGCCACUUUUAUGCCUACCUUGCUUCCCACUCUUUUUUUCUCACUCAUGGCCAGCAACCAAUCCCCAGCCAGCCCUUGUCCUCUGCAACAGCUGUGUCAUCAAAUCUGCCCAGUGAUUCGUCCUACUCUGCCCAACAAUCUAACCAGGGGUCAUGAACUUUCACUAACUUUCCCUCACUGAACCAACAGGACAACUUAACACCCUUUAUGCCUGUGGCAUCUUUUCUAUCUCAAUAAAAAUCACAAUAUUGUUUCCAUUUUGAACAAACAGUGUAAAUAUGGAAAAAGUGGUAGGUAUAUUGUAAAAAUAUUCAACAUCUAGUUUCAAUUUUUCUGCAGCAUUAUGAAUACAAUUAUUUAAAAUGUGAGCUGGGAAGCAAACAACUUUUUUAACUUUGCAAAAACAUUAUUUCCAUUGUCUUUACAGAGUACUCUGCAAAACCUAUUACAAUUAUCACCUGUAAAUGCAGUGUACUUUUUAUUCAAGAGAUUUUUUUACAAACAAAAUGGUGUCUGCUGACUCAGCUGGUAUGUUUCGCACUUCAAUUAACUUUGACUGAAUACCGCCCUUUUUCCAGUUGAAAUAUAUAAUUAUUGGAAAUAAUUUUAAUGCCCCAUGAAUGUUGCCUUCUGUAGCAACUCUUCUGUAAGCAAUAUAAUUUUCUUUAAAUGCCUUCAACACAGUGAGGGGCAAAAACUGAAUGAAUUGCUUCUGUUUUUGUUCCAACACUGGAAACAAAUUCUAGCUUCUUCAGAAUCCGGAAAUGUGUUUGAAUAUGCAAUCUAUUGUAAUGCUUUUCUGUGUGGAAAGCAAAAAUACCUUCAACUAUAAAAACUUGUUAUUCAGAUUUACUACCUACUCUUACAAAGUAAUUUGGCAUUUUUAUUGAACUCUCUCCUCGAAUUGCCUUCUUGUGCUUCUCAGUUUCUAUGUGCGCUUUUAGAUCAGCAAUACCUUUGCCACAGAAACAAAAAGUUCCAGGUUUACACACUGUACAUUCGGAUUCCCAGUCGUCUCGUCCCUUUUUAAAAACUCUUUAAAUUUAGGAUUUAGUUCUUCAUUGAAUUUACAUUUUUAUUUCAGCAUGGUUCAGAAAUGAUUGGUUUUGCAUGUGAUGUACCGACCGUAAAACUCCCCCAAAUUUUUUAUUAAGAAGCUGUUGGUACUGGUAGUGCUUGAACCAGUGAACUGCCAAAUUAUUGCUUUUUCCAGCUGAUGGCAACUAAUUAAUGGUUACACCACUGUCAGACACUAAAUUAUUUAUUCUGCAGCUAUUGCAUAUGCCUGAUCUUGCUAGCACCCCUCUGCCUAACCCCUGCACAAAGAAAACACGCGUUUCUUAUAGCUCCUCCCCAGGCUCCCUCUGGGAACCCUGGACAUCAUGUUGGUAUAGGAGAAUUCUGAAGAAGCCACGCACAGAGUCCAGACACAGGUCAGUUCAGGAAGCAAAGGUCUCUGCUGAACUCAUGUUCAAAAUGUCUGAGCACAUGGAGUACAGGCUUUUUAUAGCGAUUCAUCCCCCAUCUGUACCCUUACACCAAUCAGCCAACAUUUACAGCAUUACCUUAUAUGAAUAGGCAGUAUGGCACGUGGUUUUUCAAAUCCAGCACAUGCUCAAUACAUUGAUGACCGUAUCUUAGCUACACAAAACUAACAGAUACCUGUACUUGAAUAUGGCACAUGGAGAUUUUAGGCCUAGCUGAAGUCACAUCACAAUUCCAGUAGAGAACUGGAGAAAAGUAAAGGAAGCCAGAACAUGUCUGCCUCAGACACACUCUGGCACCAGCAAAAAAUAAAUCUAUACUCCUCAGAGACAGCGAGGAACAAGGCAGCGUGACGUCGGCAAACUUUACUAAAACUGUUGCACUGUGAAGUUUCUUUAGAUACUUGAUACUAGUUUUACUAGCACACUCUAUAAAUUACAUUUAGAUUAAAAUGUUUACUGGGUCUUCUCAGUGGAACAGACAUUAGCAAUGCUUGCAGGUUCUUUCCAAAACUGUAUGUGAGCAGUCUUAGGACAUGCUACCAGUGACUGUCAGAGUAUGAACUUGAAUAUUCUAUGUUACAUAAAAUACAAUCUAUACAUUUGCUCUUGGCAUUGUUUGGCACAAUAUGUUACAAAGUGUAUAUAAUAUGUUGCAAAAUGCCAAAUUACAGUUCCUGUUAACACUUUCUGAAAUCAGAAUUGCAAAAUUCAAGCUUAAAUGACCAAGCUAUUCUGUCUAAAGUUUGUCACUCAAUUAUCUACCCUUACGCUUUUGGUGAAUAACCCUGCAUGUUACAUACUUCAAAUACCUCACUAGAUGUUAUUGUGUAUCCUGGAUAACAAACAUUUUCACAAUUUUCUUUUCUCCCCUUUACUGCCCACACAGGGAUGGAAGCAAAAUUAUUGCCUUUGACAAUGGGCAACGAGAACUGCAUACUCCACAGUUCAAAAGAAGAGAAUAUCCUGAUGGAACAAUCAAAACUGUAUAUAGCAAUGGUCAACAAGAAACUAAAUAUGCUUCUGGUAGAGUAAGGAUUAAAGAUAAUGAUGGCAAUGUUCUUAUGGACACAAAAAUUUAA